GCCCCACAGGAAAUUUCCUUCCUAGUUUGACUUUCUUGCAAACUACAAACUACAAAGAGAAGAGCUUCAACUUCAAUUCAAUUCUAAGACCCUUUCAUUAACUCAAAAGACACAAACUUUGAAAUCUUCAAAGUCACAAUUUUUCUUUUGCUUUGCCUCUUCUUCCUUAAACACAACUCCACCAAUAAUAUAUAUCCCCACCAAACUUCUCCUUCCAACGCAACAACAUUUGCAACUUGUUUUUCAAACUUAGAUUUUUUUUUUUGUUUUUUGCUUUUAGGUUUUGGAUAAUAAGUAGUAUAAAUUUGUUCAAUUCCUGUGUUUCGGAAAAAAUGAGCUUUCAAGAUCUUGAAGCUGGCAGACCACUAGGACAACAAAGACAACGUCAACAACAACUGCUUCGAGACCCAUCUCAGGCUUUGGCUUCUGGAAUUUUCCAAAUCAACACAGCCGUGUCCUCCUUCUCACGCCUUGUCAAUUCUCUUGGCACUCCCAAAGACACCCUCGAACUCCGUGACAAACUGCACAAGUCAAGGUUACACAUUGGGAAGUUGGUAAAAGAUACUUCAGCUAAACUUAAGCAGGCUAGCGAGGCUGAUCAGCAUUUGGAAGUUAGUCCUGCCAAGAAGAUUGCUGAUGCUAAGCUUGCAAAAGAUUUCCAGUCAGUUCUUAAGGAAUUUCAGAAGGCACAAAGGCUUGCAGCUGAGAGGGAAACAACAUAUGCUCCAUUUGUUCCCAAAGAAAUUCUUCCAUCCAGUUAUGAUGCCCAUGAGCUGGAAAUAAGUUCAUCCAGGACUUCUGAACAGCAAGUUCUUCUUCUGGAAUCCAAAAGACAAGACGUCGUACUGUUUGAUAAUGAGAUUGUAUUUAAUGAAGCCAUUAUUGAAGAAAGAGAGCAGGGGAUCAAAGAAAUUCAGCACCAGAUAAGUGAGGUAAAUGAGAUUUUUAAGGAUCUAGCUGUGCUGGUUCAUGAGCAAGGAGUUAUGAUUGAUGACAUUAGCUCUAACAUUGAAAGCUCUCAUACUGCAACUACACAAGCUAGUUCACAACUUCAUAAAGCAUCCAAAAGCCAAAAAUCUAGUUCAUCUCUGCUGUGUUUGCUCUUGGUGAUCUUUGGAAUCAUUAUGAUCAUUGUCAUCAUAGUGGUUGUAGCUUGAGCAACAAAUCAAUUGCUUUAUUUUAAGUUCAAUUUUGAGGCAUGGUCUACCUGCGAUGUCUCUGAUGGUGUUCCUUAGGAAGUGGUCCUCCCCCCAACUUGUGCUGCUCUUAUAGACUCCAAUUACACACAGUUCCCAUCCUUUCAGUAAAAUAAUGAAGCCCAAUAAUGUACAGUCCAUUUGUUUGGAGCUGACAUCCUCUUUACUAUUUUUUUUUUAAAAAGACAACCUCUUUUAGGGCAAAAUCAUGUAUGAAAUUUAUAUAUAUCUAAAAAUUGAAGCGUAGUAUUUAUUGUUGCUAUGCUCUUAUUGAGCCAUAUCAACGGCCAAAUCAUUAGUCCCA